AUUUGUGUAUCGAAUCUGCGGAGGUCGAUCACAGUCAGCAGGGCAAACAUGGCGCUGCCUACAAAACAGUACGGGCUUAUCUUGCCCCAGAAGAAGGGAGGGUCAAAAACCGCAAUCCUGCCAAAACCCUCAGUGUUCGGAGAUGACUCCGAUGACGAAACUUCAGUUGGGGAGACUCUGCAGAAGGAGGCUAUCAAAAAGAAGAUGAUGAAGCAGACUCGUUUAGAGAUGCAGAAGGCCCUGGAGCAGGACAGCACCGUUUACGACUACGAUGCGGUCUACGAAGACAUGCAAAAGCAGAAACACGAGAGCAACAAAAAAGUCCUGGAAGGAGCUGACAAAAGGCCCAAAUAUAUCCACCAGUUAAUGAAAGCGGUGGAGGAGCGAAAGAAAGAACAGGAGCGGAGAGAUGAGCGGAAGAUUCAGAAGGAGAGGGAGGCAGAGGGGGAGAAGUUUGCUGAUAAAGAGGCCUACGUUACCUCGGCCUACAAGAAGAAACUGGAGGAGCAGAAGGAGGAAGAGGAGAGAGAGAGAAGACAGGCAGAGAUAGAAGCUGCUCUGGACGUGAGGAAACAGAAAGAUCUGAGCGGCUUCUAUCGCCACCUGCUGAAUCAGACUGUUGGAGAGGAGGAGAUCCCAGAUCGCUCAGCAAACAAAAAUCAACCUUCAGAUGCUUCAAAAGAAGCUGAGAGGACCUCGCCUGCCCCUUCUCCUCCAUCCCAUGAGAACAUCCCCACUUCAGGCAGCGACUCUGAGGAGGACCAACAGCCAAAGACUGGAUUUAAUAAACCAGGCGGAGGCUCGGCUCACUCGAAUCGUCAGUACAGGCAGAGGUCACCUUCAUCCGGGAGUGGGGCAGAGAAGGAAACGGAGAGAGAUGGAGAUAGACAUAAGAAGAGCCAUAAAAACAAAGGGAGAGACAGAGAUAGACACCAUGGGAGAGAGAGGGAUGACAGACAUGGAGACAAACGAAGUGACCGCGACAGAAGAAAGGAAAGGGACAGAGAUCGAGGUAGAGAUGAUGACAGAAGCAGAGGCAGGAGGGAUUCAGAGAGGGAAGAAAGGCAUGGCAAACGUGAAAGAAGUCCUAAAGAAAGGCACGGGAGGAGGGAGAGAAGCUCAAGAGAGAGGGAGCUGGAGAAAAAUGGCGAAAAGGAGAAGAGGAGGAAUUCAGAAGAAGACAAACGGAAGGACAAGGAUCAGGAGGAAGAGAAAGACAGAAGCAAAGAGCCAGAGAGAGAAAAGGCAGAGGUGAAGGAGGAAACAGAUGCUGAUGAUAAGGAGUCAGUCAGUCAGCGUCCAAAGGAAACGGAUGAUGAACAGAAAAAAGUGGCUGAGGAGAAAGAAGAUGAAGCGGAAAAAGCAAACAAGUUUGCAAAGCGCAGCACGGAACACACUGUGAGUUCGGCACGAGAUCGCUACAUGGCCAGACAGAUGGCACGCUCGGCAAAUAAGAGCUACAUCGAGAAGGAAGAGGACUGAGAUUUAUCCAUGACACGAAAAUCAUCUCUGUGUUUCACUCGACCUUUAUCUCAGUUCAUAGGACAAGAAUAGUGUUGUUUUAGUGGAGUUUUUCCACAAAAAAACAUUGAGAAGAAACUCCUUUAGUCUAUAUUUCACACUCAUUGUAUUAUCAACCAUCCAGUCUGCAGAUUUCAGCCAAACCUAAACACAAACAUAUAAUUGUAUUUAAUUUCCUAAAAUACUGUAGAAGUUAGCAAACAUGCAACUGAAAAACACAGGCACUUCAGACUGUCCUCAGAUGAAUGCGUUCGAUAGACAUGUUGGAAAAUAUCGUAAAACAGUAACUUUUUGUUCAUUCACAUUUAUUUUUAUCUCUUCUAUGCUGUGGGUGAUAAGUUCAUUAAAUAAUUUCUGCUUCA